AUGACUUCUCAACACGUUUUCUGUCUUUUACUCCUGGUUGCCACCGUGACUGCCUGGGCCGAUUAUGGCGACCGUCAGUUCCCGAAGAAACUCUCGUACUCGGAAAAUUUGGCUCUUCAACAAUCCUGUGGUCGUGAUGCUCAUUACCGUACCAAAGUUCUCAAUGGAGAUGGACCUCAAGACUACCCAUGGGCGGCUGUUGUCAAUGUCAAGGGACUUCUGACUGCUUCUGUGAUCUCUCCACGUCAUAUUCUUUUGUUCAACGUCUUCGAAAUGGACAAGGAAGGCAAUCGUACUAUUCUCAACGAUACGAAAGUCAUUGAGACUGGAUACUGUGAUGAUGACAACGACUGGGUUCUCCCAAAAGAAGUUCAUCCACUUUUCCAUGUGAAGUUUGUGAAUGAGCAGUUUGGAGAAGCAUCUGCCAAUCGUAUCAGAAGAAUUGUUGCUCUUUCUGGAUGCGACUUUAUCGACCCGUACAAACCAUUGAUUCUGGAAUUGGAAAAUGACUUGACAUUUGACAAGACUCAUGGAGCUAUCUGUAUUCCAAAGAAACAAGAGGGAUCUUCGGUUUCUCUCGUUGAAAAUGAUGAACCAUUCACCGUUUUCGGAUUAGGACCAAAAGGAAAGAUCCUGACUGCAGCUCAAUUCACCAAGAAGGAAUGCAACCAAGAAAACAGAGGAAAUGAACAUGUAUACAACCAUGUCUUCUGUGGAAAACCGGUUAAUGCGAGCAGAGGAUUGUGCGCUGGAGAUUUCGGAGGUGGUGCAAUUACCAACAUCGAUGGCCGUAACGUCAUUGUCGGUGUCUACGCUGAAGGAAACGUUCGUUGCGAUAACGCUCCACAAUACCACCAGGAACCAGAAUUCAUUGACAUCACUGCCUACGCCGGAGAAAUCUGCCGUCAUACUGGAGUCUGUCCCGAUGCCGUCGACAUCUUGGGAACAUCUACAGACGGAGUUUACAUCCCAGGAGAAGAAACUGAAACUGAAACAACUGAAGAGUCGUACGCCACAGAACCAUCCACCACCGAAUCAACUGAAUCUCCUGAAACCGGCUCAACCUUCAGCUUGGAGACCAUCAUCGCAGAAACCUACGAGAAGAUGAAGCUCAACAACUGCUCCGCUAAUGAGCACAAAGAGGAGCAACCAAAGGAGAUUCACAUCCACAUCCAUCUUGACAAGGAUGCAAAGGUCAAUAUUGAUAACUUCUAA